GAUAUAAGUUGCAACGCCUUCAAAAAUGGAGACUCUUCCUUUUAUAAAUAAUGACGACCCUCGUCUGAAUUUGAAAGUGGAGAAUAGAAUGAAAAACAUUUUUGUGACGCAAUUUUUGGAGACCAGAGAUGAAGAAGAAAAUGUCAAUCAUAUUCCUGUUAUAACAGAGACUGCUAGCAGAGUCCUGGAGACAGGAGUGAACACAUUACAAAGGACCCUUGUCCUAAAGAAGCAGGUGGAGGUUGAUGAAGUGGAUAGGCAGCUGGCAAAAAAACAGCAAGAAUUCAAAGUCCACAUGCAUGCUCUUGCACAGAGGAGAGCAGAGCUUGAGCUGAAACAGCAGGCGAUGAAUGAUAGAGCAAAGAAAUUUGAAAAGUUUGUUGAGGACAAUGAGGUGAAGCGCCAUCGGUCCCUGAGGAAGUACCAAGCAGCGAGGAAGCAUAAUGAUCUGAAGCAGAAAGAGAAAGAGCAACUCACAGAACAGCUGGAGAAACUGCAGACCAGGCAGCAGUAUCUUAAAGAUAGAGUGACUAAAUACAAGAUGUACGAAGACUACAUGAUGAACAUUUUAGAUUUCCUUCCAGAAAAUUAUCUGGAGUAUGGGGCAGACUCCCUGGUGAUGCCCAUCAUCCGGCGCCAUGAGACCUUGUCCCUAACCCAUCAGGAUUUGGUGGAGCGGCUGGGCCAGUUAGUGGGGGAGCUGGAGCAGGGCCAGCGCAGCUUGGAAAGCCUAAAGCAGGAGCACAACACCAAUAAGCUGAUGAUGAACAGACAGCUGUCCGAACUUCAGACUCAGUGGGACAGAGCCAAGGAAAAGAACAAACAGACUGAGAUGAACUUGUUGAUGCACCAAGGCCAGUCCAGAGACCAGGUUGAGGAAGUGGGUAGCCUGCUGAUAGCUGUGAAGAACCUUGCUGAGCAGUGCUACUUACAACAUUAUGGGCCUCUGGAAAAGAUAGAUAUGCUGACAAUGAUGGACAUGGUAAAGGAAUACAUUCUGGAAAGGACAGACAUAGAGAAGAGAGCUACACAACUGAUAGAGUCAGGCUCUACAUUGACGAGUGCCACACAGCACAGAAGAUCCCUUAACAUUAACACCAAAACACAAGUAAAGAGCAUCAGCAAGACGAGUGGGAGCUGUGGAUUGUCUAGCUGAUUAAUGCUAAAUAGGCCUUUUACAAGUUUGUGGGGAAACAUUUCACACACAUAUGAAUAAAACCAUGCAGGUGUGGCCUAUUGGACACACAUACGUACACACACAGUCAAGGGAGAAAGUGCAAUAUGUUAAUUUUAACUUUGUAAUAUGGUGGUUAUAAUAAUACAGUUUAUGGUAAUGAAAUCACUGUUGUAUGUUAUAGUUUUGUUUUUUGUUACUUUGCAGUUGGACAAGCAUUUCU